AUGUGUUGUUGUGAUGUUGAUGUGGAAGAACUGACAAGAGAUCAUCAUCCAGAUAGAGAUGACGAGAGAACCCGAAUAGAAGCUGCUGGUGGGUUUGUACGUUUGUGGGGUGUGCCUCGUGUCAAUGGUAUCUUAGUUGUAUCCCGAUCUAUUGGUGAUGUGUACUCAAAAAGAUAUGGUGUUAGUCCCGUGCCUGAAGUGAUAGGUUGGCGGCAUUUAACUGCCAAUGAUUGCUAUUUGGUUGUUGCAUCUGAUGGCAUCUUCAAGAGUUUGAAACCACAGAAAGUUUGUGAUCUUUUAUGGGAUGCAAAUGUCCAAGUAGAUGAAAUGUCCAAAAGCUCAUGUUCAUGUUCAUCCUCUUCCUCAUUGGCUGACCGCAUUGUCAACAAAGCGUUCAAGAAAGGCAGUAGGGACAACUUGUCAGCUGUUGUAAUUCCACUGAAUUUUAUUGGUUUUCCCCAAGAACCCGCUGGACAGAAUUUGUGAUUUUGGAAAAUCAGCCAUUUUAGCCUUUCAAAAGGCAUCUGCAAUCAGAUCGAUAUUCUUCAAGUUUCUAUUUCGACAAACAGAGCAUGUUUUUCAUUUGCUCUGAAACUCAUUUGAGAUAGGAUUGAUAACUUUUGAAAGUUAAGAGUUUUAGAGUUUUCAUGUACUAUUGAGGUUUUG